ACACACAUCUGGCUCCGCUGAGUCCAACACGUCUGCUCCACGCUCACGAACUUGCAUUAGCUCUCUUCAUCGCGGUCACGACACGAGAGUCUGUGCGGAGGCGGUUCAGAACGUGUAGCAAUUCUUCAUAGACUGUAUCGUCUCUUUAGCAACAACUCCUUCCCAACAUUCGUUCUUCGUCGCGGGGUUGUUAUCAUUACCACGCUGGUAGUGCAGACAGUCGCUUGUGGCAUUGAACGGCAGCUACUGGUUAGCCCACUGCAACUGGCCAGACAGGAUUCUCGGUAGAAGGGCGAGGUGGUGAUAGGAACUACAAUGACAACCCACGCGCCCAUGGCACGGGUGCCUUUUGCACCUGUGGACAACCCUCGUCUGCAGCAUCUGGCCAAUGCGAAGAACCGCCAGAAUGGCUUGCUCGCCUCCAAGAGUGGCUUGGGUGCCAAAGCGAACAGUGCAUCGCCCAAGGAUGCCUUCUCUCCCAACAAACGCCGCUUUGAGCCCUCGAGCUUCGAUGAGGAUGAUAGCGAGAAUGUCGAUCCAACGGUGCUCACCUCGCCUUCCAAGAAGAGCAAGAGCAGCGCCUUCGACAGCGCUGCUAAGCCAUUCACUUUCUCACUGACGCCCGCCAACUCCAUGCCACCUCCGCCAACCAUUCCUUCCCGCCUAUCGACUCCUGCUCGUGCCAACAUGGCGUCUCCUCGUGCACCUUCUACUGCUCCUGCCGGCCGUUCUCCUAAACGCAAGAUUGCUGGUAUCACUAAAAACCGUCGCAUCUCGGCACCUUUCACUCGCAUCGACCCGCCAUUCGCUUCUCGCGGCUCUUCCUUGCCAUUCAGCCUGGACGCUGCACUCAGUGGCACCUUCUCGACCUCCCAAAGUACUGGCGCAACCAUCAAAGAGAGCAUGCCGAAGGACUGGUUCUUCGAUAUCUAUGAGGACUCGCCGGAGGAGGAAGCUGCCAACCUUAUGGAGCACAGCACGCUCACGUUAGACAUCAGCUCAGACGAGGAGGGUAGCAAACGCGUGCGCGACGAUAGGGGCAAGGAGAACACACCGCCUGCCGACUAUGAUGCACCUACCGCUUCCCGUUCACUUGGUGAGCCUGCUGUCGCUGCGCCGAGACACGUCAAGAAGACAGAGAUUAUCCGCAGGAAAAUCGUUGGCGAGGAAAUGGAUGACGGAGAGCGCUCGCCGUUGUCUGACCUUGAGACCGAGCCAUUUAUCCCAGAAGGUCUGGACAAGGACUCGCAUGUCCUCGUUCAGCCAACGCCGGAGAAGGCUGCAGCUGCUAAGCUUGACUUCAAUGAGCUUUUCGCUCCGUUGUCGCCUUUCGUCAAGAAAACAAGCACCAAAAGCGCAACGUCUAGUCUCUCUGCAUCAAUCUCCUCGAAGACUGAGCACGACACCAACAGCGGCAUCAUUAUCUGGGAAGACAACGUAAAAUCGCAGGAAAGGGCGGUAUUCCAUGCCCAGGGUAUCAGGGUCAACUCGUCGAAGGUAUUAGAGGUUUGUGAUGAGAAUACUGCGCCUGUCGAGGAGCUUUGAGGUUAUGUAGCAUGGUGGCGCGGCUUGUUGGAUACUGCGUUGUUCCGUCUUGCUGUUAGAGUUCUAAGGCGCGCAUAUGUUCGAUACCAGGAAUGUGACCGAUUGAAUGAAUUUGAAGUAUCAGCGUUUAUAGCGACA